AGUGGAAGAGGUUUGUUUGAAACAGACCGCAAUGGAGAGACCAGCGCCCAGGGAAGCGAGGGAGCAGCAGGCUCCUUCCGGCAGCGCAUCGAGAUGUGAGUCUGGGACACAGAGGGGGGCUCCGAGACCGGCAUUGAUUCGGGCUCAGUUCAGGGAGAACCGGGGACUGUUGGAAAACGCUUGCAGGAACAAGACGAUGUAAUGUGUGCUUGGUACGAAGCCAAGGGUGACCAGCUGCUUUGAACAACCAACAGUAAAUUCAGUUUGACGGUUCCAGUUGUGCCCAGUGAAUGACAGAAAACAAAAGUUCAACACCGAGCAUGUUAAUGUCCGCGCCAUAAAACGAAAUCCAAGAGGAAUAAAUACACAUUCAGUUUUUGAGUGACUGACCAAUCCCGAACGAAACUUACUAUCAUAAACCAGACAGUGACCAAACUGUAUCCACAGAGUCGGAGACUGACAAAGAAAAAAAGAAAACACUUGAAUGACCAAGACAAAGUAAGAUUUCUUCAGUGCAGAGGCAAGUGUGACCAGAUCCUUCUGAUAUACAGCAGGUGACUAGUGUCUCUGGACGUGCUGUGUAAUCCAUUUGUCGUCUGUUGUGCAGGUAUCGAAGGACAAUGCUUUUCAGUGACCGUCGUUAUGGCAGAUGAGAAGAAAUCGCAGGCAACUUCCAAGAAAGGCGCGAAGAAAAUCAUCAAGAAGACGCCGGGGAAAAGCGGCAAGAAAAGGAGCCGACGCAGGAAAGAAAGUUACUCCAUCUACAUCUACAAAGUGAUGAAGCAGGUUCACCCCGACACCGGCAUCUCCUCCAAGGCCAUGAGCAUCAUGAACUCGUUCGUCAGCGAUAUUUUCGAGCGUAUCGCAGGGGAGGCUUCCCGCCUGGCCCAUUACAACAAGCGCAGCACCAUCAGCUCCCGGGAGAUCCAGACCGCCGUGCGGCUGCUGCUGCCCGGGGAGCUGGCCAAGCACGCCGUGUCGGAGGGUACAAAGGCGGUGACCAAGUACACCAGCUCCAAGUGAGACACCUCACUGCUGAAAGCAGACACCAAUCCAAAACCCAACGGCUCUUUUAAGAGCCACCCACAAUUGCACUGAGACAGCUGAACCGUUUUAACUUGGAUAGUCGAUGCUAGAGAAUCUGAGACAACAAGGUGUGGGCCUGGGUGAACACAGCAAGCCGAGCAGCGUCAGAGGAGCAGGAAUGUUGACAUUUCGGGGCGAGACCCUUCUUAAGAAAUUAGGUUUUAACUUUGUGGUUUAUUCUGGGUCUGUAUAAUUCAUGUCCCGAAGCUUUGUGUUUCUUUUUCAAUAAACUUUGUUAAAAAAAAUUCGUGUGA